GCUCAAAGAAAAAUGGAUGAUUCUGUUCGGGAAAAUACUGGCCGUCCUUGUAAAGCUUGUUUUAGUUGGGAAGAUAUGCUCAAAUUUACAAGCAAAACAAAAGAAAAAUUAACAAAGGAUUCAACAGAUAAAGAAGAAACAAGAACAAAUUGGAGUAGUAGAAGAAAACAACAACAAACGAUAAAACAUAGAAGAGAGGAUUGCCCGUUGGAUAAGGACCAAUUAGGAAGAUCAACAUGGAAUUUAUUACAUACAAUGUCUGUUUAUUACCCGGAUGAUCCAACAGAAAAAGAGAAACAAAACACAAAAGAUUUUCUUACGAGCCUUUCUAGGACCUAUCCCUGUGAACAUUGUGCUGCUGACUUUCGUGAAGAUUUAAAAAAGAACCCUCCAAUUUUAACAAAUAAAAAAUUAUUUUCUCAGUGGAUGUGUGAAGCACACAAUAGAGUAAACUUAAAAUUGGGGAAGAAUUUGUUUGAUUGUAACAAAAUAAUGGAAAGAUGGCUUGAUGGGUGGAAGGAUGGAUCUUGUGAUCCUUAAGAGAGGGAAGAGAGAUUUUUUGGGUGUUUAAAAAUUGCUGAUUAAAACACAUUAGAUUUUUAAUUUUAUGUUUGUUAUCCAUUUUGUUAUCAAGUUUGCAAAUCACAAAUAAAUUAUA